AUGGUUGAUUCUUCAACACAAGAAUCAAUUGUAAAAUCUACCGCUAUGGUUUCAUUAAUUGGUCCACCUAUUCCCAAAAAGCUUAAACCUCAAAAGGAAAACGAAGAAGAAGAAAUUGUGAAAAUUCAGGAUUCAGAAAUUUUAAAUGAUGAUGGAAUAAAUUGUGAUGACAAAACAUUAUGGACUUUUGCAAACUUCAAUAUUCGUGCCUUGCAUCCAACAUUACAAAAUAGAAAUUCAAAAAGAUAUACAAUGUUGGGAAUAGAGAAUAAUUUAACAUUUAAAAUGAUUAAAAGUGACAAUAAGCUGAUAAGAACAAUAUUUUAUAAUCAUGGUUUUACUGAAUGUUCACCAGCAAAUACAAAAGUUAAUAUCUUAUGGUCUCGUGUUCAUAUAAGACCUCUUCAACUUAGAAACCUUCAGCCAUGGCAAAAAGUCAACCAUUUUCCAAAGUCGUCUGAACUAACGCGUAAAGAUCGUAUGUCUGAAAAUCUUUUAAAAUCAAAAUAUACACAUGGUGAUGCUUACAAUAUAUUUCCUAAAACAUUUAUCUUUCCUAGGGAUACAGAAAAAUUAAAAGAGGAUAUGUGUAAGAAUUCAAAUUAUAUGUAUAUUGUAAAGCCACCAGCUUCAUCUCGUGGUAGAGGAAUUCAUAUUGUGAAUUCUUUAGAUGAGAUUGAUUCUAAUGAGAACUUAGUUAUAUCCAGAUAUAUUAAAAAUCCAUACUUAAUUAAUGGAUUAAAAUUUGAUUUACGUUUUUAUGUUUUGAUCACCUCAUUUUAUCCAUUAAUUUGUUAUUUGUAUGAAGAUGGAUUAACAAGAUUUGCUUCAGAGAAAUAUUCAAAUGAUGUUGAAACUAUUAAACAACCAUUUGUUCAUUUAACUAAUUAUUCACUUAACAAGGACAAUACAUCUUUUCAAAAAAAUAAUGGACAAGAAGGACAAGGACAUAAAUGGACAAUUUCAGCAAUGUUGAGACAUUUGAAAAAUGUUGAUGGUGUUGAUACUGAUUUAUUAAUGGCCAGAAUAGAAGAUUUAGUAAUCAAAAGUUUACUUUCUGUUCAAAGUGUAAUUUCAGCCGCUGCUAGAAGUGUACUGUAUCAUCCACAAAACUGUUUUGAACUUUUAGGAUAUGAUAUUAUGAUAGAUGAAAAUUUAAAACCAUGGUUAAUAGAAGUAAAUUUAACCCCUUCAUUAAAAUGUGACUCGCCAUUAGACACGGGUUUAAAGUCAAAACUUAUUAUUGAUACGUUAAAUAUUGCUUCAUUACCUGUUAUGUCAUGUCAAAAAUUAAAACCUGGUACUAAUGAAGAAAUGGAAGAUGAGGAAAGCAUUAACAAUAAAUCUUUAGAACACCAUUAUGAUGAUGUCAUUGGUGAGUAUGUUAUUGAUAAAAAACAACGUUGUUAUCCAAUAAGACCAUACAACCAAGUUAUUAGAAGAUUUGGUAAUAUUUUUAACAAUAAAUUGCGUAUAAAAUCACAAAAUUCUAAACGUCUUGAUUUAUCAAAAAUGCAAAGAACAUUAGAAAAAAAGGUAAGAUUAGAAGAAAAUAGAUUAGGUUAUUUUAAACGUAUUUUCCCUCAACCUUUUACAUACAAAAUAUAUGAACCGUUAAUGGAUUAUUGUGGAAAUGAACAAUGGGAUAAAAAAAUUCACCAAGUAUUAUUUGGUAAUGAGGCUAUUGAGACAUAUACAGAUUCCGAAUUUGUAAGAUGUUUCCAUAAACAAAUGAUUAACACUAAUUUUGAGUUACCUAAAAAUUAUCAAGAUGAAUCAUUAAAAAUAAUGACUGAAUGGUUUAAAAAUAUUUCAAAAUAUAAUGAAUCAAUAUUCGAAAAUAAUGAAUUACCCAAAAUGCUUCCUAGAAUAAGAAUUAAUCCUAGACUUCGUAGUCAUUCAUUUAACGAGCUUCUUGACAGAAAUCGUCAGUUAAUUGAAGAAAAAAAACGUUUGUUAGUGGCACAAGAAACUUUAUCUAAACCUGAUGACGAUCUCAUUGAUUGUAGCUCCACUGAUUCCACCACUCCUGUAUUAUAA